UGCAGAGAGACUGUGAACACUAUCUGGGCAUUGUACGCGUCAAAAGGUCACAUGGAGCAACCGCAACAGCCGUGCAUCGUCUACAACCAGACGGAUUUCUGCACUCCAAUAAAGGCGUCAAUUUCGUCCUUUCAAGCGGGCUUGGAAAAAGAAAGGCAAAUUGUCCGACCAGGGCGUGUCCCAAGGGCGUGUCUGAUUGCGGUUAGGCUUGGUGCUUUCCGGGUCAGAAGGGUCAAAUAUCAAUCCCGGGUAGGUAUUGAGCGACAACGUACAGUUGGCACGAGGAAUUUCCAGCACUGGCACGCAGCAGAGCACCGCUAGGAUCCGGCUUCUACAAGACUAGUUGUCUACACGGAAGAGAAGGUGCCUGACUGACGAGGCGCAGCGCGGCGCGAUGGAGGAGGAGAGGGCAGCGGCGUACUAUCAGGACCUCGUGCGCCGCGGGUCCAACGCGGCGCGAUUCAAGCAGGGCCUCGGAUUCGGCGCCGGCUCCGCCGCUGACGUCAGCGGCAGUGGCGGCGGCGGCGGCCCGGCCUGGGUAGGCGGCGCGGGGUUGGCGUUCGUGGCGGCGUCUGGCGGCGCGGCGUCGUUCGAGCGGGAGAAUUUAGAAUCGGCUCCGAAAUCACCGGGAGAUGCGGCGCCAUUUGCGGCGUCGUUCGAGCGCGAUCGCGUGGCGGCUACCGCGGAAGCGCGCGUGGCGAGUGUGCGGGAUAAGCUGCGGAAGGGCGGAGCGGAUGGGGCGCGCGGGGGAGGGAUAGGGAGUGCGGGGACUGGCGGGCGCGGGGCGGAUGGGGGAGGAGGGGGGAGUAGGAGUGAGGGGCGGAGAGUGGUAGAGAGGAGUAAGGAGAGAAACAGAAGCAGAAGCAGAAGCAGAAGCAGAAGGCGAAGAAGGAGUAGGCGCAGUGACAGCAGAAGGGAGGGAAGGAGGGGAAGGAGCAGGCGAAGCGGCAGCAGAAGCUGCAGUAGGGAGAGGGGAAGGGGGGGGAGAAGGAGCAGCAGCAGGGGUAGAAGCAGGAGCAGGAGCAGGGAGAGGGGGAGUCGGAGGCAUAGAGACAGGAGCAGCAGUAGGUGCAGCAGCAGCAGCAGUGGGAGCAGGAGGAGAGAAGAGCGAAGAAGAGGCAAGGGCCGGCGGGGUAGGAGGGGGAGCGGCAGAUCCGAGGAUGGAGGGGAGAAACGAGAGAGAUGCAGGGGGGGGAGUAGCAGCAGGGAGAGGAGGAGGAGUAGAGACAGGAGGAGCAGCAGUAGAGACAAAAGGAGGAGGAGCAGGAGUAGCAGCAGGGAGAAUGGGAGAAGGGAGGGAAGGGGAGGGGGGAGUGAGAGCAAGGCAGUGCCGCGAGUUGACCCCAAGCUGCGCGCUCUGCAGCUCAAGGAGCGAAUGGAGCAGCAGUUUCAGAGGGCAGCCACCAACCACACAACAGCAGACAAGGGCACGGGGCUGGGCGGCGAGUGGGAGCGGUUCGGAUUUGAUACCGCUGCCCCCUUGGAGGAGGAGCGGGAUGCCGACGCUGACGUGGAUGGCACAGAUCCAACGGCUGGGAUUGGCCGUGCUGAUGCAGUGGGAGGAGCAGCAGACGACCUUGCAGACUUGGAUCGCAUCAAGUCGUCCUUUGCCUUCUCCUCCUUCGCAAAUCGUGGCGCUACCACGCAAGAGGCACACGAGAGUGCGAUUUUCGGAGCACCACCUGCUGCGGCCAGUGAGAAGCUGCCACGUGGACAGUCCAACACGGAGUCAGAAUCCAGUAUGAGAAGAGGGCGGCAUGCUGACGAGGCACGCCGGCCAGGCGACCAGGGAAGGGAAGAGAGAAGGGGGGAGAGGAGAGGGGAGAGGGGAGAGGGGAGGUGGAGAGAGAAGAUUAAGGAGGAAAGGAGGGGAGAGGGGAGGGAGGAGAGGAGGGAGGACAGAAGAGACAGAAGAAAUGAAGGAAGAGGAUAUGAGAGGGAGAGGGAAGCAGAGAGGUCACAGGACAGGAGUGAGGAGAGGGAGCGAGUGAGGCAGCGGGAGGAGAGGAGGGAGAAGGAGAAGCCAAGGGAGCAGCAAGGAAGCGCAGCAAGUUUGGGUGGUGGAUCGGCGGCAGCAGCAGUGGACGCCAAGCUCUCUCUGUCUCGAAAGGGGGCCGCCAGUGGCGCUGGUAGUGGCAGGGCCAGUGCAGCGGAUGCAUUCACAGCGGCGGUGGCGGCAGCACUGGGAGUGGAUGAGGGGGACGACGAGGAGAGCGUGCCGGUCAUCGUGGGGGUCGUGCUGGACGCACCACCCUUGCACACACACUCUACCCACUCUCACGCCCAUGGCCUCGCGCAGAACCCCCCUCAUGCUGCUACUGCUGUGCCAGCUGGCACGCCUUUGUCGGGGAAUGGGGGGGCGUCAGGUGGAGGAGCAGCGGGCGUGGGAGCCGCUUCAGCGUCGGCUGGCCAGGAGCAGGCUGCUCCUCGGCAACAAGUCCCUUCGUGGAAACAGCGUGCAAUGCAGUUGAGAGAAGCAAGAGCAGCCAAUCAGCAACAAUGAUGGUUGAGACGAGAUGUUGAGUGGAUGGCUUGACUGAAGGAUUGAGUACUGUUACCUGUUACGAUUGAAUUAGUUGGCCUUUUUUUAUAUUGCAUGUUUCUGUGCUUCUUAUGUCUGCCUCUCCCUAUUGCAUUAUUGUG